AUGAGGAACUCCCCAAGUGAGAGGUGGGCGGGCACCCGCUCAGUAAUGAGGCCCCCGAAAGGGCUGUCCAAGGAGGAGUCCUCGCAAAAAGAAGCGGAGAAAGACGGGGAUGGGCUCGCAGGGCAAGGCGAGAACGAUGAGGGAAUAUGGGAGGAGGAUGAGGAGGAUGAGGAAGGGCAGGAGGAAGAGGCGGAGGAGGAGGAAGAAGAGGAGGACAGUCUUGCGGCCCACAGGCGUGCAGCUCCAAGAAUACCUAUCGACCAGUGGCUUGGCUGCGUAGUACAAAAUGAAAGACCGCCCACGCCGAGCGACUUCAGGACGGCCUGA